AAUCGCAACCUUCCGGAACCGAUAAUACACCGUUCGCAGUACAAAAAUAACGGCCCUAAGGACGAACCAGGAGGCCAGACCACCCCGUCACCGGAGAGAGAAAACUAACGUGUCGUUCCCGGUAAACAUCCUGCCACCCGCUGAGUAAUAUGUUCCGAAUGCUGAGUGCGCUGGUGAGGUCUCACUUUAAGCUGCUGGCCGCAGUCUGGCUGGUGUCGGUGCUAGCCGGCCUGGCCCCGGUCUGUCCGGUCGGUGCGGAAAAGGAAAUACCGCUGACAAAGUUUAGCCAGGAUGUGGGCGGUUACGGGGCCACCAUGUCGUUCCUCUACUGCUAUUCGUGCGGGUACCGCAAAGCGUUCGAUGACUACUACAACAUUAUCCGCGAGAAGUACCCGGAAAUAACGAUCCGCGGUGCCAACUACGACCCGUCCGGGUUCAACAUGGUGCUGUCGAAGGUGCUGCUCGUUACGAAGCUGCUGCUCAUUGUGGCCCUCAUGUCCAACUACGAUCUGGGCCGGUUCAUCGGCAAUCCGUUCGCCGGCUGGUGGCGCUGGUGUUUCAACAACAAGCUGUACGCGUCCAUGAUGAUCUUCUUCCUGGGCAACACGCUGGAGGCGCAGCUCAUCUCGUCCGGUGCGUUCGAGAUAACGCUCAACGAUGUGCCGGUUUGGUCGAAGCUGGAGACCGGCCGGUUUCCGGCGCCACAGGAAAUGUUCCAGAUCAUCGACAAUCACUUGCUGUUCGCCAACAAGAUUGAACCGAAGCCGGACUUUGUGAAGUAAGCCGCCGUGCGGCGCGUCCUGUCGGAUGCCGUGUUUCGACGACGCACGCCUUCCCUAUCUGGGGGAUCCUGUUUUCUGUGUAUUAUCAUUUGUUCUGGCCUGUGGCCGAUUCGGGCAUUUCGGGCAAGGUUAUUGUUUUAAUACGUUAAACGCGCACCGGUUUCCCAGCGUCACCGUUGUGGUCGCCAGUGAGAAGAGUGAUCGGAUGUUGUGUAUUUUGUAUUUCUUUAUUCUUUCCUAUCACAAUACUCUCAGCGUGUGUUGGUCUGUCCGCGAAGUGAGUAAAUCGCUGGCUAGGGGACGGAGACAAACCGUAAUCUACUGCAGUGCAGGCUGCACUAGGCUAGUCUUAUGGCAAUCUAUUCGUGGGAAUUACACCGUGGGUUGUGUGGUGGUGCGGUGCUGUGGUUGGAUUGAAUAAAAUAAAUUAA